GAAACAAUAUCUUUCGGAAAACUCAAAUGCAGCGUAUAGCACUUUCGAUAUUUGUCAGACAACAUUUUAUAUAGCAAGUGACAAGUUUUAGGUUUGCUUUUAUAUCUAUCUCAAAAUUUUACAUUGAAAUGUUGCUGAGCCAUGAGCUACUUGGCCAGCAGUUGCGACAGCUCUAUAUUAGGGAAUGGCACUACCAAUCCACAGCUCAGUCUCUGCCAUUCUACAGAGCCGUCGCCAUUGCUGGCAAAGUGUGGGCCGACGGGGGGCACGCUAUCCAGGCGGCGAGGAGGCACGGCUCGUGCACUUGGAGCAAUUGCAACUCCAGUCGGACUUGCCGUACGGCCCAAAUAGCACUGAGGACUCUACCUUAGUUGUGCCCCUCUACCAUAUGUGGAUGCGUCUCCACUCCAUUGAGCCCAACUCAACGGUCAGCAAUCCGCUGUAUAGUAUUUAUCGCCUUCGACUGGAACAGCAGUCUCUGCAGCAGAACCUGUGCCGGGUCGUCUCAAUAUUGUGGAACAGAUGUUUUCUGAAGUUUUGUAGAGGACCUCAAUUCGUGGACGCAAUAACUCAAACGGGGAACCCCCAACUAACUACAGCCAUAAAGAAGCGGAAUUGGUUGCAAAAUUUGGUCUUUGGAUUUCUAUCGAUAACCGAAAAACUGGAACAAGCACUUAUUCCUGUGAAUCCAAAUCUUAGAUAUGAGUACCAAUCGGCUGCUAUGGACAUGAUCAAUUUGAGGGAUAUAAACACGCGUCUGAAUUAUGCUCUCGUCGAUUAUAUUGUAAAUAACGAUGAACAACUGAAGGACAUAUUCCAAACUGGAGACAACGCAGUCGUAUCAAAGAAUAAAUAACAUAAUUUCAUUGUA